AUGUCGCGGACCACACCCAUUGUCAUCCAGUUGAAGAAGCGCACAGCGCCCGGAGCCACACCGCCUAGCGAAGAUGUGGAAGAAGCGGAUGCUGGAGGAGAAGCUGUAGAAAAUGAAGCCCCAGCCGAGGGGGAGGACCGCGCUCGUAGCAACUCCGAAGCGUCCUCGGAAUCUUCCAGUCAUUCCAAGGGCAAUGCGCGAGCCAAGGAGCCCACCGGACCAGUGGUCGGCGGGUUUGCCUCGGUGGAUUCACCCAUGGACCUGCAGAGUUUGGGCGAACUCUUCCGGAAACUCCAUGAAGAGGCCUUUGCCCGACGCGAGUCCGGCAAACUCCUGGACAUGGAGAAGCGGAAUCGCCAGGCUGCGCAAAACUUCAAGGAGGCGUAUGGUCUCGCACGGAGCUUCUUAGAAGAAUAUGGUCCUGAAGGCGGCUUGCCCGGGGCCACAGCCAGCUUGCAGGGCAGGCCGGACAGUGAUGCUGGUGGGAGCCCUGGUCUCCAGGGUCCUGCAGCCCCUGGCAACCAACUCAACUGA